CAAAUCUGUCUCCAAAACCUUCUCUCCCUCUCUGUUGCAAUGGCUAGUACGACGACGAACAACCACAACGAGCAGGAAGUAAACGGUUCUGAUCAAAACCAGAACACGAAGUUACGUUUCGAAGAUGCUGAUGAAUUAAUGUGCGACGCCGGUGACAAUGCCGAUGUCGCUGAUGACAUAACCAGCGCCGAUUACUACUUCGACUCUUACUCACAUUUUGGUAUUCAUGAAGAAAUGUUAAAGGAUGUAGUGAGGACAAAGUGUUAUCGAGAUGUUAUAUACAAGAACAAGUUCCAUAUCAAGGACAAAAUCGUUCUUGAUGUAGGAGCUGGAACAGGAAUCUUGUCUCUGUUCUGUGCCAAAGCAGGAGCAGCUCAUGUAUACGCAGUCGAAUGUUCUCAAAUGGCUGACACGGCAAAGGAGAUUGUCAAGUCGAAUGGUUUUUCUGAUUUUAUAAAGGUUUUGAAAGGGAAGAUUGAGGAAAUCGAGUUUCCAAUUCCUAAAGUGGAUGUGAUUAUCUCCGAGUGGAUGGGUUACUUUUUGGUUUAUGAGAAUAUGCUGGACACUGUCUUGUAUGCUCGCAAUAAAUGGCUUGUCGAUGGUGGAAUUGUUCUACCAGAUAAAGCAUCUCUCUAUCUUACAGCUAUAGAGGAUGCUCACUACAACGAAGACAAAGUAGAAUAUUUUAUUAAUGUAUACAAUUAUCAUGAAAUGGUUUGUAAACCCAACAGAAUUUCACCGUUGCUAAUGGUUUCCACCAAAAAUGACCAAUCUAAGAUGUUUACAUAUACAUAAGAUGUUUCCAAUUGAUUGAUGUUUACAAUGGAUAUCUCUAAGAUGGCUUCUGGAGAUGCUUCCUUUACAGCUCCAUUCAAGCUUGUCGCAAAAAGGAAUGACCAUAUCCACGCCCUUGUAGCCUACUUUGAUGUAUCAUUCACCAUGUGCCACAAGAUGAUUGGCUUCUCAACAGGACCAAAAUCGCAAGCAACACACUGGAAACAAACGGUGCUGUACCUGGAUGAUGUUCUGACUAUAUGCGAGGGUGAAACAAUCACUGGAAGCAUGACCAUUGCACCUAACAAGAAGAAUCCACGAGAUGUCGACAUUAAGCUCAGUUAUUCUUUAAAUGGCCAGCAUUGCAAGAUCUCAAGGACCCAACUGUACAAUAUGCGGUAA